AUGGACGGCAAAAAAGCCACAGCCUUUGGGACAGUUUGCAAAGCCCUUGGGGUACAAUUUGAUUUGGCGAGCUCAGGUGAAAGGGUGCUUGCAGUGCGCAACACGGAGCAAAGAAUCCAAGAUCUGCAAGCACAGAUUGUUUCAACUUUACAAGCUGGAGAAUUAUGUAAGCAGGAUGCACUUAUCUUGCGUGGCAAACUGGGCUUUGCAGAUUCCUUUCUACAUGGCCGCCUAGGCCUCCUGGUGCUGAAGCAGUUGUCGGAACAUGCGUACAGCAGGUCUGCAAAGCUUUCUCCCGAGCUUGCCUUUGGACUUCAAGUGAUGAUGAAAAGGUUAUCCCUUGGCAUACCACGCAUCGUCUCUGCAAAGGCGGUGCAACAAUGGUUUGUCUUCUCGGAUGCGGCUUACGAGCCGGACCUCAAGGAGGGUGGCAUAGGUGCAGCUAUCUUCAAUGAAUCUUGCGAGUGCGUGGGCUGGUUUGGAUUUCCUUUACAGCCGUCGAUGUGCCAGCAUUUUGGAGCGGAUAUCAAGCAAACGAUCAUUUAUGAGUUGGAGUUGGCUGCAUCAAUUCUGGCUUUGGAUUUCUGGUCUGACAAAAUGAAGGACGGUUUACAAAUUUGUUUUGGUGACAACGACAGUGCCAGGUUUUCACUGAUCAAAGGAGCUUGCUUGAGUUCCCAUGCCUCUGCCUUGAUGAGAUACCAUCUUGAGCGUGAGGCAUCGAACAACCUUUGUACCUGGUACGCACGAGUGCCGACAGAAGCGAAUGUCAGCGACUAUCCAUCUCGCAAUGCAUCACACCCUUUGCUGCCUCCUUGCAUGGAUGAGUCAAGUGCUGCAGUAGCGUGGUUCGACAACUUACUGAAUUUCCUGACUGCGGUUGCUCGGACAAACCGCGAGCGGUUGCUGGAGUGCUUUGCGGAAUGGUUGGCUGGCAAAGGCGAGAAUUUUCCUUCGCUGUUGGAACUGUCAUACAGAGAGCCCGAAAAGAUGGUGACACAGCUAGUCAGCUAUGGACGGGAGUUGUAUGCAUCAGGCAGACCAUACAAUCACUAUGUGGAGACGGUCAACGCGGUGGCUGCUGCGAAACCCACGAUUCGGCGGCUUCUGACGGGUGCUUGGGAUCUGGCUUUUAGCUGGCAACGCGAAGAGCCAGGGGGCCAUCACCUGGCAUGUCCGUUUCAGAUUCUUCUGGCAAUUCUGUCGGUGAGCAUCCUAUGGGGCUGGCCAUGGGUUGCUGGAUCGAUAGCCUUAUCGUGGGGUGCAAUUUGUCGCAUUGGAGAGGUGCUACAAUCUUGCAGACGUGACCUUGUGAGACUGCUGGAGCACUAUGUGACGGAGCAGUUGAAUCGUCAUCAGAAGUCCCUCCUUCGAUGCCAGCAGCCAAAGGAAAACGCGGUGGAAAGGGUUGGACGUCCGGACAUGAGUGUGACCAACAGCCCGUUGUCGGAGUUCUUCAGCACCUCGCAGAUGUCACAGGAUAAAUCUCCAGGAUCGACACAUCUCCCAGAUUUGACCUCGCGUCGGACCUUCAUGGCUUCGACAUCUUCAACAGAGCGGUGUCAACGGUCAACCUCCUCGCGCUUCACCACCAAGAGGUCACCCUUGGCGUGCCGCCAGGGAAAAUCUUGGGGUGUUCGUAUUCGGCAGCACAACUUGCCACGGCAGGACCCCAUACCCGUGCGUCUGAGUGGUCGAAGACAUGGUGCUGCACAAGAUGACAGAAUCCAAGUGUGGGUGCGCGUGCCGAAGGGAAAAGUGGCAUUCUGGGUCCCACCCAAUCUUCCGCUGGGUCCAACAGCCGCGAAGGUGGACCAAACCUGUGGCAGAGCUACCCCGUUGCGGAGCCUGCUGACCCAGAAGAUGUCUCAGGAGCAGGAGAGGACAAUGAAUUCCAUGUCCGAGAAGGAUCACGUGCAAAGCACUGCGAAGUUCUCGGAGUUUGCAAUCUCGCAGACGACACAAAUGAGCCCAUGUGCGAGUUCGACCUUUACUCUGGCAAGUGACAUUGAGAGCAACUUCAAAUCGCUCAUUGAAGCAGCCACUGGGGUCCCUGUGGCCCAACAGAAGCUGUUCUUCGGACCUUGGGGAAUCCUGGAGGACAACCGCAAGGCCCUUUUCCAGUACGAGAUUGGACAGGGUGCCAUGGUGCAUUUGUCAACUCGUCGUGAUCCUGAACUGGUCGCUCAGUUCUACCAGGAGGCAGGGCGGACCAAGAGGCCCAAGGGCAAGGCGUAUCAUGGCCUGGAAAAUCCUCGACACCUCUUGGAUCAAAGAAUUUUUGACCGGAUCCGCACCUUCAUGAACACCAAGGUCGGGUCCAAGAUGGGCAAGGACCUGGUGAUGAUUGUGCCUGAUUGGAAAAAGGCUGGUGUCUCUGCGCUGGAGUACGAGUGGCCUCAUGAGCAGCCUUGGCACGACUACAAGUUAUUGGCUGACAAUGGGAUCUUUGACUUCGCCGGUCGAAUCCGGAAGAAACUGGCUGCCGCGGCUGCCUCUCCGAAAGUCGUCGAGGCCCAUGCAGUGCGGAUGCAACGCACUGGGAUCUUCAGUGAUGAGGAGUGAGCGCAGCGAAGUCGAAGCAGUGCAAUGUCUAGAGUAUUGGUCACACACUCUCAGGUGUGGUGGCUGUAGCAGGCUGCUUAUCAGACCGAGACCGAGACGCGUUGAGUCCCCUAUUCAACAGAUUCAACAGCUAAGUGAAGUGCCCGGUGGGUUUCUAGCAACUGAGUGGAUCGUUUUUCUUGGAGUCAUCAACCAGAGGCCCAGAGCUCGAGUGUCCC